AUGGCACCACAACAAGAGCCCAUCCUCUUCCUCUGGGCCUUCUCCCCAUGGGCCAGCAAAGUCGUCGCCUACCUCGCCCUUCGCGGCAUCCCUCACAGCCGCUGCGAGCAGCCCAUCACUCAGCCACGCCCUGACCUCGCCGCCCUCGGCGUCCAAUACCGCCGCAUUCCCCUGCUGUCCAUUGGCCGCGACAUCUACUGCGACACCCUCCUCAUCCUCGAGAAGCUCGAGGCCAUGUACCCCGCCAGCUCCGGCUUCAAGAGCAUCGGCGCCACCAACCCCACCGAGAAAGCGCUGGAGAAGCUGUUUGAGAAGUGGACGGACGUUGUCGUCUUCAAGCCUGCCGCUGCAGCCAUCCCUUCCUCCCUCGACCUGAUGAAGGACCCCGGCUUUCAGAAAGAUCGCGAAGAGCUCUGGGGCCGGCCGUGGCACGCAGAAGAGCAGGACAAGCUGCGCCCCGCUGGUUUGGCGAAUUUGAGGGCCAACUUCGAUUUUCUCGAGGACUUGCUUGCCGACGGAAGGCAAUGGCUCUUGGGCAACGAGGGCCCCAAACUCACAGAUAUCCACGCGUGUUGGAUCCUCGACUGGCUCUUCGCCAUCGAUGCCUAUGACAAGGAUUUCUUCAACAAGGACAACUACGCCAAGGUCUUUGCCUGGCGCGAUCGGUACGCAGACGCCAUCGCCAAAGCCAAAGAAGCCAUGGCCACUCCUUCCGAACUCGAAGGCAAGGACGCUAUUGAGAAGAUCUUGAACUCCGACUUCAACGAGACCUCGCCGAAGGUCUUGCCUGAUCCGAUUGGGUUGAAGGAGGGGGAUCUCGUGGACAUGUGGCCGGUUGAUACGGGGUACAAUAAGCGUGACUCGGGCAAGUUGGUGCUGCUGAAUGCCAACGAGGCCGCGGUCAGCACAUUCACCCAACAAGGCAAUAAGGAGAUUCGCAUUCACUACCCGCGAUGGAACUUUGAGAUUGCUCCCCAGAAGCGGCCUACUGGGGACGCGGGCAAGCUGGGGACUGAUCACGUGGGUUAG